UAGUUACCGCGUCCAACGAACGAAGGAACACAGAAGAGAAGAGUCAGUGAAGAAGGAAAAAUUGAAGAAAGAGAGAAGAUGGAGAUUUAAGAAACAUCCGCCGAGGAAAAAAGUUCAGAGCUGUGAGAUGAGAAGCGACGGGAUCUUGGGAGUAAGAGGUUCGGAUCAGAGUCGAGCUACAGCCGCCGUGGUCGCUAGUAGACGAAGAUGGCUAAAGAGGCGAGAAACAUGGCUCGUGGUGCUCGGUGUUGCACUUCACGCCGUUUACAUGCUAAGCAUCUUCGACAUUUACUUCAAGACCCCCAUAGUCCACGGGAUGGAUCCAGUGCCUCCCAGAUUCUCUGAGCCACCGGCCAAGCGACUUGUUCUUCUCAUCUCGGAUGGUUUACGUGCUGACAAAUUCUUUGAGCCGGACGAGCAAGGCAUAUACAGAGCACCCUUCUUGAGGAAUGUAAUCAAGAAUCAGGGGCGUUGGGGUGUGUCUCAUGCUCGUCCUCCUACUGAAUCUAGACCUGGUCAUGUCGCCAUUAUUGCUGGUUUCUAUGAAGAUCCUAGUGCUGUCACAAAAGGAUGGAAAGCUAAUCCUGUUGAAUUUGAUUCUGUUUUUAACCAGAGCCGCCAUACCUUUGCUUUCGGGAGCCCCGAUAUUAUUCCUAUAUUCUGCAGUGCCUUACCUCACAGCACUUGGAAUUCUUACCCGCACGAGUAUGAAGACUUUGCAACUGAUGCCUCCUUUUUGGAUGAGUGGUCUUUCGAUCAAUUUGAGAGUCUUCUCAAUAGGUCUCACGAAGAUCCAAAGUUGAAAGAGCUCCUCCACAAGGACAAACUUGUUGUAUUUCUUCACCUUCUUGGUUGUGAUUCCAAUGGUCAUGCACAUCGGCCUUACUCAUCAAUCUAUCUCAACAAUGUCAAAGUUGUUGAUAAGAUAGCUGAAAGGGUCUACCAUCUCUUGGAGGAUUACUACAGAGACAAUCGCACUUCGUAUAUCUUUACUGCUGAUCAUGGGAUGAGCGACAAAGGAAGUCAUGGAGAUGGGCAUCCUACAAACACUGAUACUCCAUUAGUUGCUUGGGGAGCUGGGAUUAAAUAUCCUAAACCAGCAUCCGGAAGCAGUCACUCGGAUACUGUUACUACAUUUAUUGACAAGCAUGCACAUGAUAUGCCCACACCUUAUGACUGGGGCCUUCGUCGUGUUGAGAGAGUAGACGUCAACCAAGCUGACAUAGCACCACUUAUGUCAACGCUAUUGGGUUUGCCAUGCCCAGUGAACUCCGUAGGAAACCUUCCACUUGGUUAUAUGAAGUUGAAUGAGGCAGAAGAAGUUGAAGCUGUGCUAGCCAAUACCAAACAAAUCCUUAAUCAGCUUCUUCGUAAAUCAUAUAUAAAAAGCUCAAAUUCCUUAUUCUUCAAGCCAUUUAAGCCGUUGGUCCACCAUUCCUCAUCGCUGAGUCAGAUUGAUGAGUUAAUAUCCGCCAAAAAUUAUGAAGCUGCAAUGAAAUUGGCUGUGGACCUCAGAAACUUGUCACUAGAGGGCCUUCAUUAUUUCCAAACGUAUGACUGGCUAAUGCUGAUGACUGUAAUAACCCUUGGAUACACUGGAUGGAUGAUCGUACUUGCCCUGCAUGUCCUGCAAUGUUAUAGUUCACUAUCAGGAGAUUUGUCCAGAAAAGAGCAAUUAUCUGUGCAGAAAAAAGACUCUGGAAAAGUAUAUAUAUCAGGAUGUCUGCUGAUGGCCAUUCUCUCGGUGUUAAAUUUGGUGGAGCACUCUCCCCCUCUUUACCAUGCAUAUAUUGGAAUGACAGUUUUUCUAUGGACACAAAUCUUUAGUGAAUACCGAUUAAUAAGAGGAUUGUGGAGAUAUUUGAGGGAGAGGAGGGCUGACUAUUUCAUUAAACUUCUUUUUGCUGCAGCUGUGUCAGUUGUGAUUGUGGAAUUAUUGGUUCAUAGCUUCACUGUGAGAAAGCUUUACACUUGGUUUUUCAUGAUAGUAGGUGUUGUGGCUUCAAUUUUGUUGCAAUUUUCAAUGCCUUGGAGAUCUGGGAUACCAGUUUUUGUCUGUAUUUCUUGUUGGUUCCUGUCUGUCUUCACUCUGAUGCCAGCUGAAAUUCCUGACAAUAAUAACUUAGUAGUUAUGAGUGGAGCUAUUAUUGUAGUAAUAAGCCUUGCUGCAAAGUGGCUGGACACACAUGCAGAAGGGAACACAUGCAGAAGACAUAAUUUAAGUGUGGGAACGAAAUAAUAAAUUGAAAAGCGCCAUUAUAUUCAAAAAUCAUAAACAAUGCAUGCAAUAUAGCUAGCGCAUUAAGGUGUUAACAUGUUUAGAUUAUCUUUCUUCUCUGUGAUGUGCCGUUGGUAACAUCUAUCUCUUGAACUUUAGAGUAGAGACAUUCAGUAUAACAUUUAGAGUAGAGACAUUCAGUAUAACAGUGUUAAUGGAAAUAGCUACUGGACCUCUUUGAAAGAAACCUUGAUUAUUAAAAAAGACAAA